AGCCAACUCUCAACACCUUCCCUUCCCCUUCCUACAUUCCUCGUCCUCCUCAGUCUCUCCCCUCUCAUCCCCCAACCCAAAGGAUCCCUCCUCUUCACACUCCGUCUCGCCACAUUCGGAGCUCGGAUCCAACCACUGCUUAUCCCACCCGAUCCCUCCCAAAUCACCCACGCACCCGAUUCGCUCCUCCCCUGCAAAGAGAGGUCUAUACCCCUACCUUGAUUCGGCGGCCGGCGCCAUGGCGAGCGGCAGCGAGCAGCCGCAGGCGGAGACCGAGCCCGAGGCGGUGGAGCUCGUGCUGUUCCAGGUCGCCGAGUGCUACGUCUAUCUGAUACCUCCUAGGAAGACGGCCGCCUCUUACAGGGCUGAUGAGUGGAAUGUCAACAAAUGGGCUUGGGAAGGGGCACUUAAGGUUGCCAGCAAGGGAGAAGAAUGUAUCAUCAAACUAGAAGACAAGAGCACUGGUGAGCUGUAUGCUAGGGCAUUUCUGAGAGAAGGCGAACCACAUCCGGUGGAAGCUGUAAUUGAUAGCAGCAGGUCGGUAUAUAUUGCUGCCACAGGGCAGUCUAAUUGUAUAAUGAAAUGUGUGCCUUUGCAGUUCCAUUCUGGGUUAGACACCGCAAAUACUCUAUUAGCAGAACCUGAAACGAUUCUUAUUGCUUGCAGAUAUUUUGUACUUCGCGUUGAAGAGAAUAUAGAUGGGCGUCAGCGUCAUGCUUUUAUAGGUUUAGGCUUCCGUGAAAGAACUGAAGCAUAUGACUUCCAAGCUGCUCUACAUGACCAUAUGAAAUAUCUAAACAAGAAGAAGACCGCUGAAGAGAUGGUGCAGCACUAUGAGAAUACGUCAUCAGUGGAUUAUAGCCUCAAAGAAGGGGAAACUUUAGUUCUUCAACUAAAAAAUAAAGAAAGUGGCAGCAAGACAAAAUCUGCAUUUUUCGAGCAAGGCCUGAACAAGCUGUCGUUCAAUGAAAAAGCAAACACCAAGGAGGCCACAGUGUCCCUCAAACUCCCACCACCUCCACCCUCACCCGUGUCUCCAACUGAUUCUGGAGUUGCCAUGUCCCCUUUCAAAGCAGAAUUUCCUUCCCAGGAACAACCAGGCACCGGCGAUGCCAGAGACGCCGCCGCUCCUUUCAAAGCAGAAUUUCCUUCACAAGAAGAAGCACUGGAUGAUACCGUGGAAGCUAGAGCGGAAGCUGCUCCUCGUAAUCAACCAGCCGCAGCAGAGAAGAGCAAACAAGGAAGCGUGGAUGAUGAGUUUGACUUUGGGGACUUCCAGGCUGCUGCUUGAAUCAUGUAUCCUGUACAUACGUCAACUUUAUUACGUGGACACAUACAUGUCUCCUUUCUUUUUCUUGGAUCUCCCGUCAGUUGUGACUUUUUUUUCGCCACCCGAGUUGUUGUACAGAGAGCUGUCAUAUGAUAAGCCGUAUAAAUUAAGAAUACAUAUAUAAGCCGUAGAACACGUUGAUGGAAA